AGAGGGCAAGGGUGUUCAGUCUGGGCAACAAAACAAGUCCCAGUCUCAGAAAAAAAAAAGAUGACCAUUAGCUCGUUGUGGAUGAGAUUAGAUUAUCUUAAAAAUAACCUUAAAAAUUCAUUCCCGGCAAGGUGUGGUGACUCACGCUUGUAAUCCCAGCACUUUGGGAGACCGAGGUGGGUGGAUCUAGAGGUAACGCAAUCGAGGCAAGGCUUUUCUAGGAUGCUCACUGGAUAAAUAAUCAGGAUUUUUCAACCGUAAUUGGAAAUAAAUUUGUCAACCAUAAUUGGAAAUUAAAAUUGAAUUGCAGUAUUCAGAUUUAUCAAUACGCUUCAUUUUUUAAAAGUCAAAUAAUGACAUUAAAGGGGUGUUUUUAUUUUCUAGAAGAAUCAAAAGAACCUGUUGCUGAUGAAGAAGAGGAAGACAGUGAUGAUGAUGUUGAACCUAUUACUGAAUUUAGAUUUGUGCCUAGUGAUAAAUCAGCAUUGGAGGCAAUGUUCACUGCAAUGUGCGAGUGCCAGGCCUUGCAUCCAGAUCCUGAGGAUGAGGAUUCAGAUGACUACGAUGGAGAAGAAUAUGAUGUAGAAGCACAUGGUUAGUGAAACGGAUUUUAAAGUGUUUUUUUGUUUGUUUGUUUAGUGUUUCAUUGUAAGCAUUUAUUUGUAUUAAGGGUAGAGGAUUAUAGUUCUUUAUAUGUCUGUAAAAUAUGCAGUAUGGUAAGAUUAUUUUUAUUAUUAUUAU